UAUAAGAAGGCGUGUCGCUUGUUUGGAAUUCCCAAAUCCUUUGAUCCGAGGCCAAAUGUCAAUGUUGUAGCGAUAAUAAAUUGCACAAAUAGAUUUAUGUGAAUAAUCAUUCGUUAUAAGUCAUCAUUCGGGUAGUUUGUGGUUGAGAGUACUCGAUUAUUCCUUCAUGAUGGGAGUCCUCUGGAUUCUGUUUUUACUAGCCGGUGCCAACGCCAACACCGAAUAUCUGACUGCAUUCCUAGAUAACCUGAAUUCUAACAACAACUCUUGUGAUUUCACUAUAAAAGGAAGAAAAUAUGAAAUUGAUGGAAUGAAACCUUGUAAUUUAUUGUACACAGCUUUCCAACGCCCAACUAGAGUUAGUCUUGAGAUAACUGAUGGAAAACACAUAAGUGUUGGCUUUUCGGAUGACAAUCACUUAGCUCGUUGGCGUUCGUGGAUAUUGGAAAGAGAGUCGUUCCAUUAUCAAAUGGAAGGAAUAGUUAGAAAUGUUUUCAUUGAAUAUAAAGAUUAUGAACUAUGUUACAUCGCAGUCGACACUGGAAACAAAAAAAUAAGAAACAAUAAUGAGUAUCAAAUAACUAGAGAUCCAAAUGUAUGUAACACGGCAAUGUUGGCAUUUUAUGCCAAUCAGACAAUUAAAAUGGUAGGUUCCGUAGAACUGAGGAGAAAUAUCCCCAAUACUAUCAUUGAUUUCAAGUAUAGCCACUGUUCUGAACAACUACCGCCUGCGAUUGCUAAUAAAGAGUCGUAAAUGAACGGAUAUAAUCAUCUACUACACCACUAGACGUAAGAACAAAUUAGUAAUUGAAAUUCAAAACAUGAAUUGUAUGCUCAUGUUCGUUCUGCGUUAUAAUAUAAACAAAAUUUCGUCGUAGAAAUAUGUUUUGUAUAAUAUAUUAUGAUAUGCCCAAUCAA